CACAACGCGGUCGAACCCAGCCCAAAUCAGAUGAGGAUAGGAGAAGACGGGGCUGAAUGGAUAAAGGGAAAGGAGCGCUCCAUUCGGCGAGGACCGCGAGCUGAGUGGAGACCAUGGCGUCGCUCUCCUCUUCAAUCCACUCCUCUUGGAACUUGAAAUCUCUGUUUCUUGGUGAAAGAAAGGGAAUUUGUAUUACUAGUAGUCCUGUCAGUAGGAUUGGAUUUUUGAGAAAGCCAGUGCAGUGCAAGGAAUCUAGGAUUGGGAAGAUGCCAAUUGAAGUGCCACCUAAUGUUACCAUUGCAUUGGAUGGGCAAGACUUGAAGGUUAAGGGUCGAUUGGGUGAACUCUCAAGGACUUAUCCACGUGAAGUUAAAAUUGAGCAAUUGGAAUCUGGAACUCUAAGGGUCUUCAAAGCUUUGGAUACUAGAAGAGCCAAUCAGAUGCAUGGGCUUUUCAGAACCCUCACUGAUAACAUGGUAGUCGGGGUCUCAAAAGGAUUUGAGAAGCGACUUCAGCUAGUUGGGGUUGGAUAUCGUGCGAUGCUGGAGGGCAGAGACCUUGUACUUAACCUUGGGUUCUCACACCCAGUCAGGAUGGCCAUUCCAGAAGGCUUGCAAGUGAAGGUGGAGGACAACACCAGAAUUGCUGUGAGUGGAUAUGACAAGUGCGCCAUUGGUGAGUUUGCUGCAUCAAUAAGGAAGUGGAGACCCCCAGAACCAUAUAAGGGAAAGGGCGUCAGGUAUGCUGAUGAGGUUGUAAGAAGAAAGGAGGGAAAAGCUGGGAAAAGGAAGUAGAACUGGUGUUUCACUGUUCUUGGAUGUAUUUUUUUUUUUCUUAAACAUUUUGUUGCACCUAGCAGACCAAUGGGUGUGAAAUGUACUCGAGUGAUGGUUUCCAGUAAAUUGUUUAGAGUUUUGUUCAUUAUAUGAAACUGCAAUUUGUCUGGUA